GUGUCUGCUCUCUGCAGAUCUCAAGUGAAAGCUUCAUUAACUAAAAUGUCCAACUUUGAUUGCAAUGGUAAGAAAACACUCGGAAGUCUGAUUCAGCUAAUAUUUCAUUAAAUGUGGUUGAUCAAACUGAGUACGAAACUUAUGCAAAGUGUCUUGGGAAGGCUCUGUGCUACAUUCCCACCCCGACGACAGUAGGGUUAUAUGCACCCUGGGGAUCUGGAAUCAACCAGCUUCUGCACAAUGUACAAAAACAAAUGUUAUUGGAAGGGCUUAGUAGAGAGAAGAAGGAAUAUGCAAGGACCCGGCAAAAGUCUCGGACAACCACUGGUCUUGGAUUUGUUCUCCUUUUGCUGCAUUUGAUUUUCCUUAAGCCUCAACUGACAGAAAAGCAUGAAAAACGGAAAAAUUUCAGGUUCAUAUUUGUCAAAUUCAGUGCAUGGGAAUUUGCAGGCAGUGAUAAGUUGUGGGCCGGUCUCAUAACAACAUUGUGUGAUAACAUCAAAGACCAAUUUGGAUGCAUUCCAACUAGCAUUGUUCGGUCCCUGGGUCACCAGGCCACCUUAGAAAAAUGCAAAUUUGGUUCUGAAUGGGUGUCUAAAAAAAUCCUUAAAAUUCCAAUAUGGUUUAUUUUCAGUUUCCUCCUAUUAUUAGCUCUGACACUAGCAUUAGUCAUCUCAAUAUUUGGUGCUUCCAUUGGAGAAAUGGGAAAUAAUUUUGCUUUAGCUCUUGAAGGUCUAGGUUUUGGAUUAAUUGGAUGUUCCGCCUUCCUGACAAUGAAAAACUCCCUUGCAGUGGGCAAGAAUAUGAUAGUCAGCCAGAAGGCCAAAAUGGAAAGCCUAAUGAAUAAAACAGACUUCAGCGCUCAACUGGGGUUCAUGAAUGAUAUCAAGCAAGAAGUUAAAAUUCUCACAAAUUUCAUCAAGUACAUAGAAGUCUUUGAACGAAGAAAAAUUCGAAUAGUCCUGGAAAUUAUGAGUCUUGACAGAUGCACUCCAGAUAAAGUUGUCGGAGUUUUAGAUGCUAUGAACAUCCUCCUUUCAGAUCCAGAUGCUCCUUUUAUUUCAGUGCUGGCUGUUGAUCCUAGCAUCAUUGUAGCCUGUGUGGAGAAAUCUAAUACUUUCAAAGGUAUGGCAGACAAUGGUUACGAGUUCCUGAAUAGAAUUGUGACAUUACCAUUUUGUGUCCCCCAAAUGGACACUCAAACCAAACUCAACUUUAUAAAGCAGGUAGUGGAAGGCAAGAAUGGCCUAAUGGAAGACGCUCCAAUGCAGCCUCACAGACAUGAAGUAGACAAGUUUCCAGGAAACUCUUUGGAAAUCGUGCCAUUGAUGAAUGUUUCUAGUGGAGAGAUUCACACUUCCAAGCAAAGAAACGCCAAAAUGAAACCAAGUCACCAUAUUCAACAGGCCUAUCAAUGCUUAAUGGACAAAGAUAGCAACCUCCAUGAGUAUAUUGAGGAGAACUUCCUACAAAUGAGGAGGAUAGUAAACAUAAUUCCAAUUAUGACCACACUCAUGUUUGAACGAAAUGUUCCAAUGAGUUCAUUUCCCCCUCAGAGAAUUGCUGCUUGGGUUAUUUUAGCCACCAGCUGGCCAUGUCGCCUCAGUUGGAUCUGGCAAUGCUUGGAAGAUGCAGAGCAAAGGGAAGAGUUAAAUGAAGAAAAGGGCAUUAAUGAUGAGAUGCUGUUGUGGACCAUUUAUGAAAACUCCUCAGAAAACUUGAAAUUAAUAAAAUCCAAUAUUGAAAAAUUAUUGACUUUGGAUGGAGAUCCUGAAAUCUUUCAGAAGUUUUUAUCGAUCAGCUACAAAUUCACUGUAAAAGAUGCAAAAAUCAUCCUGCCAUACACAAUUAAUCUAGAUUCUUCCUUAAAGAGAAAAAUGGAAUUACUUCUUGGAAGCAAAUUUUUAGGGAGAAGAGCAACCUCAUCUUCUGAAAAUGCUACAAUGCCUGAAUAGGAGUCAUCAUAAUAAGAGAAAAAUUAUAAAAUGCUCAACAUUAAAAUCUUAUUUCUCUACAAGUUGAUGAUUCCUUUAAUAUACCAGCAUUACUGAUCAGGCUGACAAUAAAAUAAUAAUAAAGGAUUUGAGGCAGUCAAGAAAGUAUUUUCUAAUGAAUCUAACAUUUGGAGAGUAUCUGGGUAACAGCACCAUCAAAGAGAAUAUGCAUUUUCUUUACAUUGAAAAACUUCUAGUAGUUCAAUAACAUUUCAUGUCUGUAUUGCUGGUUUAGUCACAAUUCAUGUCUGCAACAGAAGUGAUUUGUCAAACUGCUCAAACUAACAUGCUAAAAUAUUAAAGUUAGUCAUUGUUUACUCUGUUGUACUCUUCCCUCUGAGACUGCAGAUUCAAUUCCAACUCCAGAGAUUUGAGCAUAAGAAAAAAUGUUCUGAUACUUUCAAUACAGUCUGAGGGAACAGACUGCACUAUUGAAAGUUCUGUUGGUCAGAUAGGCAUUAUUCCUUUUAGACUGAUAUGAAAGAUUCCGAGGAACCUGAUAUUCCCAAGAAAGCUCUACAGUUAUUUCUGUGCUAGCGUAAGAGUUUAUAAUAGCAGUUAGAAGGUUAUUUGUCAUUGGGAAAAUGUUCGAAUCUAUUAAAAAGGAUAUAAUAGCAGAGUAUUUAGAAAAGCCUAUUAUAAUCAAGCAGAGUCAGCAUGGCUUCAUGAAGGAGAAAUCACACCUGACAAAGUUAUUACAGUUCUUUGAGAUGGUCGUAAUAUAGAAGCAUAGCAAAUACAAGUAGGCCAUCCAACUCAGUACUGUGUUCCUGUUUUUCCCCAUGUCCUUUGAUUACAUGAACCUUAAGAACUAUAUCUAACUGCUUCUUGAAAGCAUUCAAUAUAUAGGCCUCAAGCGUUUUCUGUGACAGAGAAUUCCACAAGCUCACCUCUCUCUGCAUGAAGAAAUUUCUCUUCAUUUCUGUCUUAAAUAGGUUGGCCUACAUCUUUACAAUGUGACCCCUGCUUCUGGACUUUCUUGUCAUUGGAAACAUCCUUCCUGUGUUAACAGUGUGGUCCUAAUAGAAUGUUAUAGAUUUUAUUGAGGUUCCCCUUCCUAGACUUUGUACCAUCAAUUAAAGCAAAUAAUGUUUCCUUGUCUACUUUAUGCAAACCUGUGAUAAUCUUGUACAUUUAUAUCAAAUCUUGCUUCAAUCUCCUUUGUUCCAAGGAGAACAACCCCAGCUAAACUGUAAUUAAAAUCCCUCUUCCCUGGGACCAUUGUACUCAGUCUCUUCUGUAGAUUAUUAUUUAAAUGGAUGGAGCCUGCUUAAUGCUAUGACACAGGGAGAUUUGUGUUUUAUUGUGUAUGAUAGCAUAAGUAAUGGAAGGAUCAAUGAAAUCCUGGCCUUCAUUACAAAUGCAAUUUAAAGUAUUAAAGUCUUCUGUGAGGCCACAGUUUUGUGACUACUUAAAAGGGAUAUGCUUGCAUUGAAACAGUUCAGAUACUUCACCUUCAUGAAGUUCAUGAGGUGUGUUAGGGGUGCCCAUGAAUGAGCAACACAAAAUGUUCAAAUGGUGGCCACAGCAAAAGCUGUAAAAAACAUGGAUGUUGGUUGUCUUAGGAAGCUUGGGAAAACAUUUGCUUACUAUAGUCUGCAUAAGUAAAAACAAUUGUAGUUCAUAGGCCCAAGAUAGUACAGUAAGCUUAACAUGCAGCUGCAGUUGUUUAUGCAGGAGACAUAAAUAAGAACAUUUCACAAGGUUUAGUGAACAGUGAGAUCAUGAAAAAAUGUGAAAUUGGCUCCACGGCUGUCCAUCACUGAUUGUAUGGUUACAUGACCUAUUUGAUUGAAUGUACAUGUAAUUAAUUAGGAAAGCAGUCAUUCUGUAAAUGUAAAAGGUGGGAUAAAAAUAAAUGCAUAUAAAUGCAUGCUUUUUCUUAGUUCGUUGAAGAAGGCUGAUU